CCUUGACCUUUCUUCUGUGCUCCUCAUGCUGUCACUUCUCUCCUGUGUCCUGCUGCUGCUGCUUGCAAGAUCUUUGGAAGGAAUAUACACCGCCGAGGUGGGUCAGAAUGCCCUUUUGCCCUGCAACUACACUGCAAGCUCCCACUUCAGUUCCGUGCCUGUUUGCUGGGGCCGUGGACCCUGUCCACUGUCAAAAUGCAGCCAAACAGUGCUCAGCACGGAUGGAAGCCAUGUGACCUACCAGAAAUCUAGCCGAUACCAACUGAAGGGAUAUGUGCGCAAAGGAGAUGUGUCCCUGACCAUUGAGAAGGUGGCUCUAGAGGACAAUGGGAUCUACUGCUGCCGGGUAGAAUUCCCAGGCCUAAUGAAUGAUGAAAAAUGGAUCCUGCAGCUGGUUAUCACACCAGCAAAGGUUGCCACUGCUUGGACUCCUCCUCGGGACCUCACCACAAUCAUUCCAGGGAUGUCCACUGGCAAAGGUCAUGGCUCAGAAACACAGACAUGGGAACUCCUCCAUGACAGCAACACCACACAAAGGUCCCCACUGCUUUACGAGUUACCAGACGCUGGAGUGACCGCUCGCACAGCUGUCUACAUCGGAGUCGGGGUCUCUGCGGGGCUGGCUCUGGUUUACAUCUUUGGUGCUUUAAUCCUCAACUGGUAUUUUCAUAAGAAAGAAGAGUUACAGAAUUCAAGACUUCUCUCUUUGGCCGACCUCCCUCCUUUAGAGCUAGCAAAUGCAGUAGGAGAGGGGAUUCGCUCAGAGGAGAACAUCUACACCAUCGAAGAGAACAUGUAUGAACUUGAGGAUGCAAAGGAGUACUACAGCUAUGUCAGCAGUGAACAGCGGCCCUGAACUCUGGGUUGUCACCUUCUACGUCUGGAAUCUCGUGCCCUCAGAUUGCACCACUUCAUUUAUGUUCUUGUUGUUAUCUUUCUCAGAACUGUGAGAUGUGUCUGCCAGAUGGUUUUGGAGGGACUUUCCGAGGCAACAGAGCAACUUCUUCAUUAUCUGAAAGUAAUUGGCUCCCAUGGGUAUUGAACUAAAUGGAAUGCACACGGCCACCUCGUCGUACAACUCAGAAGCAGUUAAUCAGCGUCUUAGGCUAGGUUGGGGCUAUGCGUCAGUUCAUUCCACACCAGAUAUGAUGAAUUAAGAUCUACAUUUGUUAAGCCUUAUAGAUCCUCAGGUGCUUCUUAUGUAUAUAACAGAGUAGAACUUCCCCAGAAGGUGUCCAUGGCUAUAUCUUUAUAGAAGCAGCUGCCACAUCUUUCUCCCACAGAACAACCAGGGGUUUUGGAUAGCAAACCUGUUUGUGGUCAGCAGAGCAGUUAACACCACAACACCACCAGGGCGUCUUUAGUUACCCGCUCUGCCUCAUUUUAAGUGAAUGUGUUUGUCUGGGCAAUUCCAAGGGCACUAUCUGGCGACAAUGGUUUUACAGGAUGUUGGGAUCCUGAAUGAGCAACAUCUAAACAGAAAAGACACAUCUUUUUGGUUGCUGAUUGGUUAGCUUGCUUCCUCACAUAUUGUUAUUUUUCAAUCUUAUAAUUUGGAAUCAAUAUUAGGUUUACAGGAAGGUUGCUAACACAGUAUAGGGCUCCCGUACCUCCUUCACCCAGUUUCCUCAAAGAGGAACAGCUCGCAGAACCAUGGGACCUAUAUCAAAACUGAAACAGUGAACGUGGGUAUAAUACUGCUAGCUAAAUGUGGACUCUCCUUGGAUGCCCAUUAGUCAUUUUUUAAAUUUAGAAUUAUUAUUUUUUAAGCCAGAAGAAUGUAAGAGUGUAAGUUCCACCCCAGGAGCUAUCAGCGCUAUUACUGUGACUCACAGCCUCCUGUACCAGCACUAAAGAAAUGUAGUAAAUCUUCAAAAUUCCAACGAGUCACAUCUUCCAAAGAAAAACAAAAUAGUAAAGUUAACUAAUGUAUUUUGUCUUAUGAAUACAUCUAAAUUAUUGUUGCUUGAACAUGGAAUAAAUGCAAAAAUGAAGCAUGAGAAAGCUAGCAUUCAAUUUUUGUUCUAAGUCUGAAAAAGUCAGUGUGUAUUUUCUAUUUCUAGUGCUUCUCAACUCUGACGAGUGCAACAUUUUCAGUGCUCAACAGCCACAUGUGGAUAAUAGUUUUCAUAUGAGGAAGCACAAUUCUAGAACAUUCUCUGUUCUCCCCACCACCACCACAGGCACACAUUGUUACUUACCUUUUUCUACUCCAUAAAACAACUUUGAUGCACGGGGUA